UCGUUUUCGUGCUCUCUCUCUCUCUCUCCUUCUCUCCCCGACCCCCUCUCCUCAGUGACGAACAGGGACGGAGGUAAAGCAGGAGGUCAUUGAGCAACCGAAGAGAGGCGGGGAAGGGUUGGAGGAGCCGCGUGGACGAAAGAAGGAUUACAAAGAGCGAUCGUUCUUUUGGCGCGUCGUCCUCUUGUGUCUUUAAAUGGCGGAUGUGUGCUUCCACCUCUCCCUCGUCGCUCCUCCUCCUACCCCUCUUCUCCCGCCCCGCCCACACUCGCCUCGGCUAAAGGUCUCCCCGGAUCCUCGCCUCGGUGCCGCUUCUGCCGCCCUCGCCUUCCUUCCCAGGCGAUUGGCUCGCUUCACGGUUCAUGCAGUUGUUGCUGAGGAUGAGAGGCCAAAGUGGUGGGAGAAAAGUGCAGGUCCAAAUAUGAUCGAUGUUCAUUCAACUGAAGAGUUUAUACAUGCACUAAGUGAAGCUGGUGAUAAGCUUGUGAUAGUUGAGUUUUACGGCACAUGGUGUGCUUCUUGUCGAGCCUUGUACCCAAAGCUUUGCAGAACAGUAGAAGAACAUCCUAACAUACUAUUUAUCAAGGUAAAUUUUGACGAGAACAAGCCCAUGUGCAAAAGACUGAAUGUUAGAGUUCUUCCUUAUUUCCAUUUCUACCGAGGUGCAGAUGGGCUGUUGGAAUCUUUUUCAUGUUCCUUGGCAAAGUUUCAGAAGAUAAAGGAUGCCAUUGCGAUGCACAACACUGAUCGCUGUAGCAUUGGACCACCUACUGGUGUCGGGGACAUCGACCUCCUUGGCAGAUCACCCUCUCAGGAAAAACCUGCAGAAGCUGCUUCAAGAUAGUCACAAUUCAUCAUCACCUAGAUCAUCAAAAUAGUUCAACAUAUGCAUUACAGCCUAAAUAUUGUUGUGUUACAGCAGUUUAUUUCUUGAACAUAAGCUGCAAAUUUAGCAUCAUUCUUUUCCAACUCAGUAUGUAUAACAAGCGCAGCUCGCAACACGGGUUUCUUGUUUCAGAUCGGAUUGUAUUAUUGUGACUCAGCUAAAACCGUAUUUCUAUCCACUGAUUACCUACUGCUGCUGAACUUUAUUAAUACCUUAAGUUGAUCAUGAUAUGUUCAUCA